UUUAUUCUAGUCUAGGGUUGUUGCUGCUACUUCCGAAGUUUUGCUUCACCUUAAACCCUAAUUUUUCGAUCUCAGCAAAAAUCCCUAGCCCCCUUUUCUCCAUAACAAAGAAAAUGCAAUUCUUUUAUCUCUGAGAUUAAAUAAAUAAAAUAUUAUUUGUCCCAAACCCAAACCCAAACCUUCUCCAAUUUUCAUAUUAAAGCUUUUAUCUUUGAACACUGUGUGAUACACAAAAGAGAGCUAUGGAGAACGAAGCGCAGUUCACGGUGGACCUCGGUAAUCUAAUGUGCUUCAAUCCUCACCACCACUUUCCCUCUAAGCCUUCCUCCAGGGAGGAGUUAGUGAAGGAAUGUCUAGAGAAGGGCACCGAAUUAGUUCAAAUUAUUGCAAAUAAUUUGUUCAAUUUACCUUCAACUGAAUCGGUAGAUGGUCCCCUGAUCAAGUUGCCUCCACCAACAACAAGAUUGCCAAGGGAGAAGCCUCUGCCAAAGCCUAAAGCUCCUACAAAAUGGGAAGAGUUUGCCAAAGCAAGAGGUAUAAAGAACCGUAAAAGGGACAAGUUAGUUCUUGAUGAACAAAGUGGUACUUGGAAGCGUCGUUAUGGAUAUGAUCGUGCAAAUGAUGAGGAAAAUAUACCUAUCAUUGAGGCCAAGAUGACUGACGAGCCAGGGUUUGAUCCUUUUGCUAAAAGACUAUCAGAUAAGAAGAAUCGAGUUGAAAAGCAAGAGAAAAAUCGGAUGCAGAACUUGAAACAAGCAGCAAAAGUUGGUAAUUUGCCAAGUCAUGUUCAACUAGCUGCUACAGCUUUGCCUAUAACAGGCACUCAGGCUGCACCUAAGAAAGCCAGUAAACAUGAUCUAGGGAAAGUAGCUGGAAUAGCAGUAACUGCAACAGCCAGUGGUGGGAAAUUUGACAAGAAGUUGCAAGGAGAGAAGCCUGCACAACAACCAAAAAAAUUUCGCAAGUUCUUACCAGUCGCAGAAGGAACGGGGAUAGGCUCACAAGAGAGAAGUCAGACUGAGAGAAUUCUGAAUAGUCUAAUUUCUAAGAAUUCCCAUGAGAUACUCAAUGUUGAUAAGGCUAUUUCGAUGUACAAUGUGAAGAAAGAGAAACGAAAGAAUCAGAAAGGGAAGUCGUCAUCAACCUCAAGCAAGUUGAAACCAAAGACCAAACCUCAGAAGAAGUUCUCAAAGAAGGGAUCUUCCAAGAAAGAAAAGGCAAAAUGAAAUUAGUUGAUUGUAACAAUUCCAAGAAGCUUGUAGAGUUUUGGAUCAGAUACUACAAGUUUGUUUAUUGGGAACAACUGUUUUGUAUAAGAUUAUUCUAUUUUCAGGCAGAAAGUUGCAUAAUUUGCUCUA